AUGAGGAACUGUCCGAAAGGCCCGAGAGGUCUUCAGGAUUGGAUUCAAGUUUCUCAUAAGAAAAACAACCCUUCCCCCCACCAAUCACCUCCUGACCCCGCUGGCCCCUCCAACCCAAUUUCGCCGUCUCCUCCCCUACCUUCCUCACCUUUAGCUCCCCCUGCCCCUCCUUCGCCUUCUGCUACUCCUCCCCAGCCUGAAUCUCAAAUCAUCUGUGACUCUCCAGUCAGUGAAGCUCCCAACUCUAUGGAUAUUGAUACUUCUCCUGCUUCUAAAGGGGAAGGAAACUUCAUUAUAGGACUUGAAGCAGUUCACAGAGACCGGCCAAUCACUGUUGUUUCCAACAAAUUUGCUGCUCUCUCUUCCGAUCAAAACCAUACUGCCUUAAACCCUUUCGUUCUCCCACCUUCCAAUCCUUUACCUCCACCUACCCUUGCCCAAUCAGAAACCCAAACUCCCACCAAUUCAAGCUCCCUCCCUACCACACCAAACAUUCAGCCUGUUGACCUUCCCCCCAUCCUACCUAAACCUCUUAACCCCUCUAUCACUACAGUUACUUCCUGUUCUUCUCCUUUGGAGGAGGCACCCCUUCAUUAA